GUAGGAGCGGGCCCUGAGGCGCAUGGCGGGGCGGCACAAGGGGUGCUGCCCUCCGGCAGAUGGGGCGGGUGUAGCGCUGCCUUCCAGAAGGAAGGCGUUCAUUAAUUACGUUCGGAAUCAUAACCCAUCACUAUGAAAAGCAGCACGCUUUGAGCUUGCUUCAAGCUACCUGCCUCAUCAGCUGUCCCCGACCAGCUGUGCUCUGCCUUUGGGGACAUGGCCUUCAGCAGCUGGAAGCGGCUGCUGCUGUCGGGCAGAGCCUGCAGGAGGGGAGCCCCUGCUCUGCAAUGGAAACGCUUCUGCCACUGGAAUGCUGGCAAGUCGCUGGACCCUGAGGUGAGAGCAUUUUUGGAAGAGAACACGGAGGUGACCAGCAGUGGGCACCUGACACCAGAGAUCCGGCUGCGCCUCCUCACUCCUCGCUGCAGGUUCUGGAGGGAAAAGCCUGACCUUUGGCCAUAUGGGGACCCGUUCUGGGCGAUAUACUGGCCAGGAGGCCAAGCCCUGUCCAGGUACAUUUUGGACAAUCCAUGUGUAGUCAAAGGACGAUCUGUUUUAGAUCUUGGAAGUGGAUGCGGAGCAACAGCAAUAGCUGCUGUGAUGAGUGGUGCAUCUCAAGUCCUUGCUAACGACAUUGACCCCAUUGCAGGAAUGGCAAUGAUUUUGAACUGCAAACUGAACCAUGUUACUCCCUUUCCCAUCACCAUUAAGAAUAUCAUUAAUUCAGAGGCUGGCAACUGGGACCUCAUCGUUCUAGGAGAUAUGUUUUAUGAUGAACAACUUGCUGAUGGGCUUCAUCACUGGCUGAGGAAAUGCAUCAGGACACAUCAAACUGAAGUGCUGAUUGGUGACCCUGGCAGGCAUCAGUUUUUAAGCCACAGCAUUCACAAUCAGUUGCGUAAAGUUAUAGAAUAUUCCCUUCCCGAGUACACCAGGCAAGAAAACAACGGAUUAACAUCAAGUAUUGUCUGGAGCUAUCAGCCCUCAAACAGCCUAGAAAGCUGCUAAAAGUGGCUCUCUAACGAACUUCGUCUCACUUGGCUGUUUUCUGAGAGUAUGAAAUGAAAAUGGGAAUUGAACAUGGAACUCAACUGUUGAUAUCGAGUACUGUUCCUUCACUGUACUUAUUAUUUCAGUCAUGUUCAUCGAGGCUUUGGCUCCAUUCGAGGUAAAACUACAUGCAAACUUUAUUCAGCAAGGCAUGCUGAAGUGCAAAUCAUUACCACUUUGGAGUCUGCAUGCUUGAUGUUCCAAUCUGUGUUAAUCUCACUCUUUGACACCAUAGUGAAACAUGUCAGAUAUCCAGUAUUCCGCUAUGGGGGGAGAGGAGGAGGGUGGCUGAAAGAUUUCUGUGCUGCUUUCACACACUUCUGCAGCUUAUUUACAGACAGUUGUAAAGAUGAAGAAUGUAAAGAUGCAGACUGUUGUGUUAUACUUAAUUCCAAGUGCCUUACUUUUUUGUUUCGGUCGCUAAUCUCCUCUGAAUGUCCAAGUAACUAAUUUGAGGCUCCCCCUAAAAUAAUAAAAACAUAAUGCUGCUCUACCUUGAA